CAGCCUUGCCCUGUUUAUGCAUGACAUGACAGGGAGAACACCCAUGUAUAAAAAGUAUGUGAAGAGCUGAAAUUUACCAUGAAUUUGAGGUCUUAGAUCUUAAUUAUAUCUUGUUCCUUUUCUUAUGGUUUUGUCCUCCUGUUGCAGAGCAUUUGUUUAUUUUAGUUCUCCUAUCCCAAAGGAUUUUAUUGGUAGAAUCAAGGCUGAUACAACUGUCAUACCACGCAUAGGUGGAUUGAGUGAGAUGAACUUGGAGUACUUUCCUAUAGAGAAUCAGGUAUUUGUAACUGAUCAUGAAAGAGCAUUAGAAGAGCUGUAUGGUGAUGAUGCUGAUACUACUCCUGAAUAUGAUGUUUGCUUACGUGAGAUGGCUAUUCGUGUUGCUACUGUUUUUGCUUCACUUAAGGAGUUCCCCAAUGUACGGUAUCGUGUAAAGCCCACAGAUGGAUCUGUAGAGACAACAUUUCGUGAAUUAGUUCCUAAAAAGCUAGCUUUAGCUAUUUGGGAAUACAUUAAGUCAUAUCAACAUACUAUUCCUAACUUCCCACAAUCUGAAACAUGCGAGUUGCUCAUUGUGGAUAGAUCCGUUGAUCUGGUUGCACCCGUCAUUCAUGAAUGGACUUAUGAUGCAAUGUGCCAUGAUCUAGUAGACUUGGAUGGAAACAAAUACACAAUGGAGGUCCCUAAUAAAUCCGGUGGUGCACCUGAGAGAAAGGAUUUCCUUCUAGAAGACCAUGAUCCUGUUUGGCUUGAAAUGCGCCAUUUGCAUAUAGCUGAUGCUAGUGAAAGAUUGAGUGACAAAAUGGACACUUUGAUGUCAACAAACAAAGUUGCACAAUUACAACAAAAAGAUAAAAGUGAAUUGUCUACCCGAGACAUACAACAAAUGGUUCAAGCUAUGCCUGCAUUUAAUGAACAAAAGGAAAAACUUUCACUCCAUGUAGAGAUUGCUGGAAAAAUUAAUAAAGUUAUUGCGGAAGAAGGGCUUAGAGACCUUGGUCAAAUUGAGCAGGAUCUUGUGUUUGGUGAUGCUGGAAAUAAAGAACUCCUUGAGUUUUUAGAAGAAUAUGAGGAUCAUAAUGUUGAAAAUAGGUUGAGAUUGAUGAUGAUUUAUGCAUUAGCUGAUCCUGAAAAGUUUGAGGGUGACCAAGGAGCAAAGCUUAUGGAGCUGGCAGAUUUGACGCCGCAGAGUAUGAUCUUUAUUAAUAACAUGAGAUUGCUAGAGGGUCCACCCAAACCAAAGAAACCAGAACCCAGCGGGGGAUUCCUCAAGGGUAAAAAGAAAGCGACUACUGCACUGAGGAAGGACAAACAAGGGGAAGAAGAGACAUGGGCACUCUUCAGAUUUUUUCCUGUUCUAGAGGAAUUACUUGAAAAAAUUGACAAAAAUGAAAUGCCAAAGGACGAGUACGAAUGCAUAAAUGAAUCAGAAUCAAGCUCAAGUGGUCGGCCGGCGGGCCCUGGUGGUCGAACAGGGAGGGGCGGCGGUCAAAUCCGGUCAAGGAGAAAAGCGGCACAAACAAAAUCUGAUGACGGACAUUCGAGUGACUCGGUGGUAAAAAAUGCAACUGUGGAUUUAAAACACUUGGGGCAACGGAUUUUUGUUUUUAUUAUCGGUGGUGCCACUAGAUCUGAGUUGCGGAUAUGUCACAAGCUUACUGCCAAACUGAAGAGGGAAAUUGUACUGGGUUCAACUAGCAUAGACGAUCCACCAAAUUACAUAACAAAAGUGAAGAUGCUUUCCUUCAGUGGAUACGGUUGUUGAUAUCCAGAUGCAAAUUAUGUCUGGUACUUGGGUUACAUGCAUAUGUAUUAUGUAUAUAAAUAUAUUGCAGUUUUUGUAAGUAGGUUUACAUUGUGAGUCUUUUUACUAGUUUGUUGAUAUCCAGAUCUUUUUAUUCACAUUGUUUGUGCAUAUAUUACAACAAAAGUUCUUGUUAUUUCUUGUAUCUAGCCCUAAAUAUUACACCAGUUUUUCUCUUAUAAAGAUUGAAGACUUUGCUUGAU